CAUAAUUGUAGUUACCUAUCCUUGUUACGAUCUGUCUUUGAUUCCUGUCAAGAAAACGUCAAAAAAUCGAAGUGUUGCGGUUCUUAACAAAUUCUAAUACUAUUUAGUAACAAUGCAUACAGACCUUGCAGCCCACCUGCAUUCCUGCAAAUGCAACGAUUUCAUCUUACUGCUAAAACAGUGCCACAAAGAUUACCCAUUCAAAAAAUUCAUAGGAGCCUGUAAUGAAUUUGAUCGGUUGAUGGUGAGGUGUUUGAAGGAAGAGAGGUUGGAAAGGAGGGCAAAGAAUAUGGAGAAAUCUAAGGAAAUGAAGAGAAGAAUAAAGGAAAUGAUCAAACAGGAGAGGGAGUUAAAGGAGAGAAGGCAGAAGGAGGAUAGGAAGUUAUAACGUUGACUGUAGUUUUCUUGUUUAUUGAAUUUUAGGUAUAGGUUUUCUUCUGUUACAAUAAACGUUAUAUUACAUG